UUGAAACAAAGAAUUUGGGUUGGAACCAUCAUCUCCUCUAACCAGGGCUGUAAAGCAGGAAGAUGGUGCAGAAAUGAGAUUGAAAGAAGAUUCAAGUCGAGGUGAAUGCGGGUUCAAACCCAAAAUUUCGGAUCGACAGCACCCUUUUUUUUUUGCCAAGUGUUACUGAAAGGCCUCGGGGGAGGAAACAUAUGGAGUUUUAAGUCCUGUUUUCCUGAAAGGAGGCUGAAGGCGGUUGAGGGAGAGAUAGAGAUGAAGCGGACGUGGAAGAUUUCAGAGGAAGGGGGAGGGUUUGCAGGAGGAGGUAGUGUUAUGGGGAAGGAAGAGGAGGAUCCUGCUACAGUAGAUGACCCCAACCAUGCUCUCAAAGUCUUUCUUGACCGCAUCCCAAUCUCCUCUAUCCCCGGAAUCCAGAAUUCCUCAGUGCUGGAACUAAAGCCAAGCGAUUCCAUUCGAGAUGCCAUUGCUUUGCUGCACCAGAAGGAUGUCUUUGCUGCCCCGAUUGCUGACGGAUGGGCAACUGAAGACAGAAACUUCUCCGACCACAACAUCGGCGUGGUUGAUCUUGCUAGCAUGAUUCUCUGGUGCAUGGAGGAAAUUGAGAAAUCUGCUGAAAAUUUUGACAAGGAAGGUGACGACCUUUUCUCUGCGUUGGAUAAGCUCCCUCAGAUUGGUCAAGCAACGAUCAGAGAACUUGCCAAGUCAUUCAGAUGGGCUUCAUUCCUUCCUGCAUACCCUGAUGACACGCUCUUGCAUGUGCUACUUCUAUUGUCAAAGCAUCAGUUGAAGGCUGUUCCCAUAAUCAGCCACGUUGAUUCAAGGGUUAUUGGCUUCCUUACACAGAAUGCAGUGCUCCACUUACUUCUACAAUGCAGCGGACUGAAUUGGUUUGAUCGAAUUGCAGACAAAGCCCUCUGUGAAUUCAGGUUUGAGAUGGGGGAUUCUGUUGUUCAUGUGAAUGGAGACCAAAGCGUUGCUGAGGCCUUACACCAGUUGUGGGAGAAUCGUUUAAGUGGAAUUCCAAUACUUGAUCGGACGUCCAAAAGAUUGAUUGGCGCUCUGAGGAUCACCGACAUUCCACUUCUCCUGGACGACAGUCGACUCUUCAGUGGUAGGAAGGAAAUGACUGUAAUGGAAUUAAUUGAUGCUGAUGCCAUGAGAUCUUCUGUGCCUUCAUCUCCAGAAGUACCCAUCGAAGGAGAGCUCGGUGCUCUCCUUUCUGCAGGAACUUUGCACCUCAAAUCUGCUGGCCUGCCAAAAAUGAACUUUGUGGUCACGAACCAGAGGACUGACAGGCUGAAGCAAGCGAUGGAGAAGCUGGUCCAUUGUAGAAGUGACCGCAGCUUCUUGGUCGAAAAGGAAAAGAUUGUUGGUGUCGUGACAAUCCGGGACAUAUUAAUGCAGUUCUCCCCACCUGCUGAUGCCAACGUUGGUCGAGGUGGCUUCUUCCAGUCGGCUUUGCACGAGACCGGGUGCCAUGAUGACAAGGGGAAUCCUGUUGUUAAUCGUUAAGAUUUUAAAGCUUUGAGAUUUUGAACUGAGAAAGAGAAGAGUGCUGUUAUACUUGCACCUUUCUGUUUGACAUAUAAUUAUUCAAGAUUUUAAACUUCUAGAGUUUGUUCAUUGUUAAUGUAAUCUAGGCCCGUGGCCUCCAUUUUGUUCGCCGUACAUAUAGUUUUUGGCAACAAAUGGUUGGACACUUCAAACUUCUAGAGAGACAGAGAGAGAGAGAGACUGUGUGUGUGUGUAGGAUCACGAUACACAAAGACAAAGGGAUUCUAAGGAUGUCUAUACCGUGUAACAAGGUAGGAAAAAAGUAUCACAGUCAAUAAGCGUUUGUCAAUUAAAUUGCAAAUGCUUCAUAUACAUCUAAAUCUGCAUUAGCAGAGAGAAGGUUUUCAGACGGUUUAGAAUUUCAUCUAAGGUGAUGAUAGUGCCAGAAGAUCAGCAGAACUAACCAGCGUUAUGCUUAUACAGCGGCAAGCAUUUAUAAUCAUAGGAAAGUACGGGGAUACUUACAUGGGUAACUGUAUUUAGGAGUUCAUCACCACAGCUAGCACACAUGGAUGGUAGACCCUAUCCAUGCUGUUACAAAAGAGUUACAAGGUUACAGCUUUGCUUUUUUU